AUGCCCUUCGGGCUAAAAAAUGCAGGAGCCACAUAUCAGAGAUUGGUGAACAGGAUUUUUAAAGAUCAGCUCGGAAAAACAAUGGAGGCGUAUGUGGACGACAUGCUGGUGAAAAGCCUGGUAGCAGGGCAACAUUGCAAAGACUUGAGAGAAAUAUUCGAACUCCUUCAACGGUACCACAUGAAACUGAACCCAUCGAAGUGUGUAUUUGGUGUUUCUGCAGGAAAGUUCUUGGGCUUUAUGGUGACUUGUAGAGGUAUAGAAGCAAACCCAGAUAAAAUAAGAGCCCUGCUAGAGAUGGAGGCCCCACGGACAAAAAAGGAGAUCCAAGUUUUGACAAAGAGGAUAGCCUCCCUCAAUAGGUUUGUCUCUUGCUCAGGGGACAAAGGCUUACCUUUCUUCAAAACACUAAAGAAGAAGGGAGGAUUCAAAUGGGAGGAAGAGCAGACCAAAGCCUCUGAACUGCUCAACCAGUACCUCGGAUCCCCUCCACUUUUAACAAAGGCAAAGAAUGGGGAAGACCUCUACCUGUAUAUAGCAUCCACAGAAAAUGCCGUCAGCUCUGUCCUGGUUUGGGAAGAAGGCAGGAAGCAUCAACCAAUUUAUUACACUAGCAAGGUGCUCAGCGGAGCCGAAAAGAACAAUUGCAAGAUGGAAAAAGCCGCUUUCUCCAUCGUUUGUGCAGUGCGAAAAUUGAGGCCCUACUUUCAGGCCCACAAGGUGCUCACUGAUUUUACAGCAGAGAGGUUCUCCGACUCAUCCACUAAGCCAAACGUAUGGACACUACAUGUUGAUGGGUCAUCUAACGCAGCUGGAAGGGGAGCUAGAUUCAUCCUUUUGGCCCCAGACGGCAACGAAACUCUUUUCACACUGAAACUUGAGUUCACAGCAAUCAACAACGAUGCGGAGUAUGAAGCUUUGUUAGCAGCCCUACACUUGGCAGAUGCAUUAGGGGUGACACAGAUCAAGGUAUUGAGUGAUUCUCAGCUGGUGGUAGAGCAGCUGAAAGGAGAAUUUGAAGCUAGGGAUCCAAUAAUGAAGAAAUAUCUCCUUAAGGCCCAAGAAUACGAGAAAGCAUUUGUUUGGUUCGAUGUAGAACACAUACCAAGGGCAGAAAAUAAAAAGGCCGACGCACUCGCGAAAUUGGCCUCAGCGACCAGUGCGGAAUGGAAAGACGCUAUUUAUCUAGAGCGAAUAGGGAAACCCUCAUACGAGGAAGACAAAGUUAACUCAGUAGAGUCUGAAAUCAACAGGAAUGAUUGGAGGGCCCCUUUGUUCCUAUUUCUCCAGGAUGGAUCCUUACCAGAAGACAACAAGGAAGCUCUAAGAGUGAGAAGGAAAGCAGCAAGGUAUACGCUGAUAAACCGGAAGCUGUACAGACUAUCCCUAACACUUCCCUACCUUCAUUGUCUAAAUGAUGAAGAAGGGACGUACAUACUAAGGGAAAUCCACAAAGGAGUAUGCAAAAACCACCUGGCCAGUAGGGUCGUAGCCCACAAAGCCAUACGGCAAGGGUUUUACUGGCCUACAAUGAAGAAAGACGCAGUUGAGCUCGUCAAGAGAUGCGACAGAUGUCAACGAUCCACCAUAACAGAGCAAAACAUUACGCGCUUUGUCUGGACAUCAUUGGUUUGCCGUUACGGCAUCUCCUGGGCUAUAGUUACAGACCACGAGAGGCAGUUCGACAACGAACGCUUCAAAAAGUUCAGUUCGAACCUGUCUAUUAAGCUCCUAUUCGCGUUAGUGGCCCACCCCCAGAGCAAUGGACAGGUAGAGAACAUGAAUCGGACGAUACUGCACGGACUGAGGACACGACUCGAAUCCAUGCAAGGUAGAUGGGCAGAGGAACUCCCUUCAUUAAUAUGGGUGUACCACACCACCAAGAGAGCAGCAACAGGGGAAACCCCUUUUAUGCUUGUCUUUGGCGCAGAGGCAGUCAUCCCAGCAGAGGUAGGGAUGCCCUCUUGGCGAAGGCAAUACUUCAACGAACAGACUAACAAUGAAGAACCCAGAUCAGAAAUAGACUUGCUAGAAGAGAGACAGGAUCAGGCGAGUUUAAAAGUUGCAGCGUACCAGUAG